AGAACGCCUCCCUAAACCAACGAAGAAGAACAUUACACCGGAAGUUGUGUUGUUCAUGCCAGCGAGAAAAACACAAGUUGGUUUGGUUUAUUUUGUCUUUAUACAUCCAUAUAUUUCACACAGUAGAAAUGGCUGCAGUUGAGAAACUGAGAAGUGUUAUCAACGAGCGACUAGCUGCAGCUGCCGAUGAAAUAUUUGGAGUUUUUUCUCAAGCUUUAUCAGCAUACGAGGAGGAGAUUUGUCGUCAACGCAGAUUAUUGGAUACAGUCUUGAAGCCUCAGAUAAAGCUUCACAGAACAGAGCUCCCUCAGCAACAUGUCUGUAAUGAGGAUGAGGUUCUCACUGACCAGCAGCUCUGUAGUCAGGAAAGGAACUCCAGUCUGGACCAAGAGGACCCAGAGCCUCCACAGAUUAAAGAGGAACAGGAGGAACUUUGCACCCGUCAAGAGGAAGAGCAGCUUGAACCAAAGCAGGAGACUGAUGUCUUCAUGGUGACUCUUACUGAUGAUGGAAAAUUGACUUCGCUAUCGGAUCAUGAUCAAAAUCAAAGUGUAGCAGAGAAAAAGCCUCCUGACAACAUUUUACCUAAAAUAAAAAUAUCUGAACCUAACAGAGAGAGCUCUGGAGGACCAGAACAAAACCGUGAACAUCAGCUCCUUUUUCACAUCUCUCAUGUAACACGUAACCAAGAUCAGACAAGUGGCAACCAUAGAAAUGCAACAAAACCAAAUCAAAAACACAAGGGGACCAAACCAAGUGAAAAACAAUAUAAGUGCAACAGCUGCAGUAAAGACUUUUAUUUGUAUUCAGAACUUAGAGUUCACAUGAUAUCUCAUGGUGCUCGGAAGCCGUUCAGUUGCACAGUUUGUGGAAAGGGAUUCAGCUUCAAAUGUAACCUGAAACGACACAUGGUCACCCACUCAGGGGAAAGGCCGUAUUCUUGCAACUAUUGUCACUGGACUUUCCGGCGUUUGGAACAUUUGCAAGUUCACGUAAGAAGUCACACAGGUGAAAAGCCUUACAGCUGUGUUUACUGUGAUAAGGCAAUGUCCUCGAGCUCAGCAUUGAUUAGACAUGUCCGUUCGCAUGCCGGUGAGAAGCCUGAGAACAGCAAUAUUUCAGGAGAGAUUUUAUAAUAAGAAGUUGAGACUUAGAAUUGCAUCCUCUAAUCAUGAGCUCACCCCCGAAGCAGCAAAUAACUGUUUACCCAGAGCCUUGUGUGAUGCUUUUAAAGCCCUUUUUAUAUAAUGUUCUUUAUAUGCAUUAUAUUAAUGCACAAGUGUGAAAGAAAUGAAACGAUUUGUGAUUCAUGUGGCAGCUUGGAUUGCAACUCUAAAGCAAAAAUAUAUUUGAUAGUGUUGAAUUAUGUAAAUAAAGAUGAAUAGAUGUUACUGCUAGGGUUAAUACUGUAAUAUGUCCCCUUAAAUAAACUUGAAAAAGAUGCUUAAUCAAUUGUCCUGACAUCACAAGUCUGUAAAUUGAUUUAACAGAUAGCAAAACACUUACAUUACAUUUGACACAUCAUUUGGAAUAACAGAAGAACUAAGCAGCAGCCUUUAUCCCUCUUCAACUUUACUUCAUUACAUUACAUUGCAUUUAGCUGACACUUUCAUCCAAAGCGACUUACAAUAAGUGCGUUCGACCAACAAAAUACAAACUUGAAGAAAACAGAAUCAUAAAGUACAUCAGGGGCCUAUACUACGAAUCUAGUUCAACCUAACCUGGAUAUGUUUGAGUUAGCCGGUUGGCCUAAU